ACGUGCGCGAGCGCGUAGCGCCGGUCCACGGAACUGGUGACGGUCCACACGAAAGUACAGGCCGAGGUCCCAGGCGCACCGCGACUUGUCGUCCUCGCAGCAAUUGGGAUCCUCCACGCCCGCACGAAACAACAAGGACGCCCUUACAACUAGGACGCCCUCGCCCGCCAUGUUCAGUUCAGCGCUCCGAUGCGCCCGCGCGCCACUCCUCCGCCCGACACUCCUCCGCCAAACACAGUCACGGCUAGCCUCGACGCUUGCCGUGCUCGAGGCCAAGGAGGGCAAGCUCAAUGUCGCCUCGCUCGCCGCCAUCACGGCCGGCACCAAGCUCGGCGGCUCCAUCACAGCGUUUGUCGCGGGCAGCUCGGGCAAGACUAUCGCUGAGGAGGCCGGCAAGGCUCAGGGUAUCGAGAAGGUCAUCUACGUCGACAACGCCGCGUAUGACAAGGGCCUCGCUGAGAACUGGGCGCCGCUGCUAGUCGAGAACAUCAAAAAGGGCGGCUACACCCACGUCCUGACCGGCCACUCGGCGUUUGGCAAGAACCUGAUGCCCCGCGUCGCCGCUCUGCUCGACGUCCAGCAGAUCUCCGACAUCACCGCCAUUGAGAGCGAGGACACCUUCGUGCGCCCCAUAUACGCCGGCAACGCCAUCCUGACCGUGCAGUCCACCGACAGCACCAAGGUCAUCACCGUCCGCGGCACCGCCUUCCCCGCCCCCGCCAUUGAAGGCGGCUCUGCGACCGUCGAGGAGGGCACCGAUCCCAAGACUGAGUCGCCGACAGAAUGGCUGUCCGAGGACCUUGCCAAGUCUGACCGCCCCGAUCUCGGCUCCGCGAGCAAGGUCGUUUCAGGCGGUCGUGGGCUCAAGUCGAAGGACGAGUUCGACAGGCUGAUGCCCCCGCUGGCCGACGCCCUGGGCGCUGCCAUUGGCGCCUCGCGCGCCGCCGUCGAUAGCGGAUUCGCCGACAACAGCCUACAGGUCGGCCAGACGGGCAAGAACGUCGCGCCGCAGUUAUACCUCUGCGCCGGCAUCUCGGGCGCCAUCCAGCACUUGGCUGGCAUGAAGGACAGCAAGGUCAUCGCCGCGAUCAACAAAGAUGCCGAUGCACCCAUCUUCCAGGUCGCAGACGUCGGCCUGGUGGGCGAUUUGUUUGAAAAGGUACCCGAGCUGACAGAAAAGCUGAAGCAGUAGACCUAGAUUGUACAUCAAAUGUAAAAGUUGCCCGUGACGCACACACAUGACGAUCACAUGUCCGCUCAUCUCCACUUCACAGCAGCCAUG